AUUUCUGACCAGAAAUCAUGGGGAUCACUCCAAGAAAUAUUCUGAUGAACAUCCUUGAGGAUCUUAUUGAAGAAGAACUCAAGAAGUUCAAAUUCCAGCUAGAAGACCCUCCCUUGAAAGAUUUUGGUCCUCUGCCCCGGAGUCAGCUACAUUCUGCCCAGCCUGUGGAUUUGGCAGAAUUACUGAUCAGGCACUAUGGGGUAAACUACGCAGUAGAAGUGACCAAGGCAGUUCUUGAAAUCAUAAACCAACGAGAUCUGGUUGAAAAGCUGGAGCAAGCCAUUGAGAAAGGUGUAAAAUCCCCCAAAACAGAAGAUUCUGACAAGGAUGAUCAGGGACCAGAGGAUCCCAGCAAAAAGCCACAAAAAGAAGACCCAGUUUCACAACCUCUUGGAGAAGCAGUAAUUGAUGGUACAGACACAGAGAACUUUCCUAUUUCAGAAAGAAAAGAUUACAGAGACAUCUACCUAGCUUACAUGAGAAAAAAACUGCGGAAUAUGGAUAAAGAAGAAGCUUUCUUCAAGCCAAGUCAAAGGUACCUCCAGGUUCAAUUGGAAUCUCUAAGUCAAUACAAUUCAAAUAGCAUCAGUCUUGAAACUCUAUUUGAUUUUGAUAUAAAUACACCCCAUGAUCUUCAAACUGUAGUGUUACAGGGGCCUGCAGGCAUUGGAAAGUCCACCCUUGCUAGGAAGGUCGUUCAGGACUGGGCAGCUGGCAUCCUGUACACUGGCAGGUUUGACUAUGUCUUCUACAUUAGUUGCCAAGAGGUGAGCCUUCUGAGAGAAAACAGUGUGGAUCAUCUUAUCACCGUGUUGUGUGGGAACAACAAUGCUCCCAUUACUGACAUUCUCAGGCAACCACAAAAGCUCCUAUUUGUUCUGGAUGACCUUGAUGAGCUACAGUUCCUUUCUGCUGAACAAAGUUCUGAUUUCCAUUCUAAAGUCAAGGAAAAAGAUCCUGUGCAUGUUCUCCUGGAAAGUUUAAUCCAAAAGAAGCUGCUACCACAGUCAACCCUGCUCAUCACGAUCAGGCCACCAACUCUGGAGAAAUUAGAGCCUUGGCUGGUGUGUUCACACCAUGUCCAGGUACUAGGCUUCUUCCAGGAGCAGAAGAAAGAAUAUUUUUCUUUAUAUUUCAUGGAUGAUGAUCUGGCAAAGAAGGCCUUUGAUUUUGUGCAGACAAACAAGGCUAUCUCUGAUGAGUGCCAUGCCCCGCUAAUAUGCUGGAUCAUCUGCUGCUGGAUGAAACAAAGGCUGAAACUAGGCAAGUCUCCCACCAAGGACCUCAAAAACAGGACUGAUAUCUAUAUGGCUUAUAUUUCCACUUUUCUGCCAACUGGAAAAAAUUUAUCCAGGCCCACUCAGCAUGCUGUCCUGCGAGGCUUGUGCUCUUUGGCCACAGAAGGCAUGCAGAGGCAGAAGAUCCUGUUUACAGAGGGAGACUUGAAGAGACACAGCUUGGAUGGAGUGGAUGUCUCCUCAGUCCUGAAUGUGAAUGGUUCCCAAGCAAGGCUCAGUGGCACACUAAUGUACAGUUUCAGACAUCUUAGCUUCCAAGAAUUCUUCAAUGCCAUGUUCUACCUGCUGGAAGAGAUUUCUGACAGGGAAAGACAAAAUCUGAAGGGGUUAAUAGAGAAACAGGAGACGUCAGGAACUGUGCAGUUUCUCCAUGGGCUCCUAGAGAAAGAGAAUGAAAAGAAUCUGGAGUUAAAGUUCAACAUCCGAAUCUCACUGCCACUAAAAAAGGAGGUGAUGAUCUUAACAAAGAGAAUGAAUGAAAUGAAAAUUACAAUGACCAAGAACUAUAGAAAUUUAAAAGAGAAAUUUUCUAAGAAAAUAGUUGAUGCUUCUGUUACCACCAAUUUCUGAAAGUUGCCAUAAACUUUCAUGAGCAUUAGUUCUUAGUUGUAAAUACACAAUCAAAAGUCCUAGAGAGGCAUUCUCAUUUUGCUUUUAUUCUACAGGGUCUGAUCCCACAUUCUUCCUGAUCCAUAUAGCAGAAUCAACUUUUUCUGCGACUAGGACCCUAUCCCUGUUCACAGCCACUCUAUCCCAUGUUUCAUCACCUUCUUUGUUCAACUGGUACUUUAUUCUCCUAACAUACAAACAUAAAUAUACAGUGACUCAGCCAUACUCACAGAUAUACAUGA